GCGAGGACAUCCGGGACUGCAGGACGAUCUCGGACUGCUGCCCGGGAGAGAGAAGGGAGGGGAGAGGUGAGGCGCUGGGAGGGGUGGGGACCGCGGGGCUGGCCCGGGCGGGACCGUGCACCGUGUGAGCGCGCGUUGCAGUGCCCGGCACGUCGGGGCAGCAGGACAGAGCCCAGGGCGCGGGGAGUCUCCGAGUGCCUCUCUCCACCCGCUGCCGCCAUGACGGAGAGCUCCGACAAAGUUCCCAUUGCCCGGGCGGGGCCUGACGACGUCGAGUUUUGCAGCCCCCCGGUGAGCGCCGCGCGGGGUUCCUGGUCCCGCUGCGGGGCUCGCCCACACGCAGGGCCCGGGCUGCGCGUCCAUGGUCCGGGGUUAGGGGUUUGUGCCACUGACUGCGUGGGCAUGGGAGGGGGGCAGAUUCGGGCUCCCCGUGCGUGCGCGGGGUGGCACCCACGCUUGUGGUGCGCAGGGGCCACGGGAUCCACGGGUCUAAAGAUAAGCCCUGAAUUACUCGGAAAAGAAAGCAUCACUAACUCUUGUGCUCACUUUCAGAUUUACAAUGUCCAUUACACCAUGAGUAUCAAUGGGAAAUUACAAGAUGGGUCAAUGGAAAUAGAUGCUGGGAACAACUUGGAGACCUUUAAGAUGGGAAGUGGAGCUGAAGAAGCAAUUGAAGUUAAUGAUUUCCAGAAUGGCAUCACAGGAAUCCGUUUUGCUGGAGGAGAGAAGUGCUACAUCAAAGCGCAGGUGAAGGCUCGUGUUCCUGAGGUGGGCACUGUGACCAAACAGAGCAUCUCCUCCGAACUGGAAGGCAAGAUCAUGCCAGUUAAAUAUGAAGAAAAUUCUCUGAUCUGGGUGGCCGUAGAUCAACCUGUGAAGGACAGCAGCUUCCUGAGUUCUAAAGUCUUAGAGCUCUGUGGUGACCUUCCUAUUUUCUGGCUUAAACCCACCUAUCCAAAAGAAAUACAGAGAGAAAGAAGAGAAGUGGUAAGAAAAACUGUUCCAACUACCACAAGAAGACCAAGCAGUGGACCACGGGGCAACCCAGGCCCUGGAAGACCAAAUAAUGAAACCAGACCCAGUGUUCAAGAGGACUCAGAACCCUUCAACCCGGAUAAUCCUUACCACCAGCAGGAAGGGGAAAGCAUGACAUUCGACCCUAGACUGGAUCACGAAGGAAUCUGCUGUAUAGAAUGUAGGCGAAGCUACACACACUGCCAGAAGAUCUGUGAGCCGCUGGGGGGCUAUUACCCAUGGCCUUAUAAUUACCAUGGCUGCCGUUCAGCCUGCAGAGUCGUCAUGCCAUGUAGCUGGUGGGUGGCCCGUAUCUUGGGCAUGGUGUGAAGUCACUUCAUAUAUCAUGUGCUGUAAAAGUAAGAAUUAACUGGAGACAACCAAAGAAGCAUGAGGCAUGUUGAUGCUGAAGGGAUCACAAAGUAUUUUUAUACUCAACCUGACUGGUGUUACUGUAGACACUUUCUAACGGAACAUUUCUCAAUUGCUUUCCAGAACUUUACAUAGAAUGUACAAAUGUACUGAAAGAAAGGGUAGUUCAUGUCCAAAAUGCCAUCAAAAUCCCUUUAUUAUUUGCUGUUGUUUAUUUGUUCUGCUUUGCCAGUGAGGCAUCCUUAUGUCUUCCCAAGCAAUUUUGAAAUAAACAUGGACAUUCACAGUUUGUCAAAGA